CGCCCGGCGGCCUGCCGCGCCAGCCCUCUCCCCCCCACUUCACCUGCUUUCCCACAGUCCCCGUCAUUCCCUGCGAACACGCGCGCACGUCUGGCACCUACAACCAUGCUUCUCAACACUCUCCGCGUCUCCGCCGGCCGUGUGGCGGCCAGCCAGGCCCUGCGCACGCGCGCGGCCUCGGCCAUCCUCGCCACCACCCCGGCGGACCGCCCUGCGCCUACUCCUCUGGCCGUCCAGCCGAUCAUGCUCAUGCCUACCGGGGCCCCCUCCGGCCCUGGCGCCUCGAUUAUCAUGCGCCACUACUCCUCCAAGAAGAAGGCCGGUGGCAAGGGCGGCAAGGGCGGCAAGGAUGACAAUGCCCCAGAGGUGCGCAUUGAGGAUGUCAUCGCCUCCACGGUCACCCCCUCCAAGCAGAAGAUUUCCCGCACCAUCGAGGUCUUCCGCACGGACCUGGCCCAGAUGCGCAUGGGUGUCGCCAACCCCGCCAUCCUUGAGAGCGUCACGGUCGAUGUCAAGGGCAUGUCGAUGUCCCUGCGCAAUCUCUGCCAGGUGAGUGUCCUCAAUCCCCAGACCCUGCAGCUGAAUGUCUUCGACGCGUCGAUGUCCGAGCCGAUCGCCGAGGCCAUUCGCGGCGGCGGCAUGGGCCUCAACCCGUCGACCGAGGGGAACAUCAUCAAGGUCCCGGUGCCGCGCGUGACCAAGGAGUACCGCGAGUCGCUGGUCAAGCAGAUCGAGAAGGAUUCCGAGCACUCGAAGAUCUCCAUUCGCAACAUCCGCCAGGCGGCCCUGCGCGACCUGAAGAAGGUCGAGAGCUCCCUGCCGAAGGACUCGGUCAAGCGCGUGGAGAAGGACAUCCAGAAGGUCAUCGACGAUGGCAUCAAGGAGAUUGACUCCAUGGCCACCCAGAAGACCAAGGCCCUGCUGAACAUGGAGGUUCGCGACAAGUAAGACAUCCCCUCCCCUCUCCUCUGCCUGUCACCUCGCCUCAUUGGCAAGGCGCUGCACUCUGCUGCUGGUGGUAUCAUGCCCACACGCACACGCAUGCACGAGGUAUGAAUGAGCUCCCCCCUCCCUCCUCAUAGAUGUCCCUGUGUGUAUGGAUGGAUGUGUGCGUACAUGUGCGUGCGUAUGUACACACACACACACACACAC